AUGCUUCCCCAAUUUGUGAAGAGCCCAGCCAAUGUAACCUCAUCCCUGGGUAAGCCGGUGCAGGUGCUCUGUACUCUCCAGGGAGAUGGAGGUGGAGAGGAACCUCCGGAUGUGGUGUGGUUUAGGGACGGUCAAUCCCUGGAUUACGCUGACACCAAUCAAGUCCAAGUGCCUGUCACUGAAGGAGGUUGGCUGACCAUCAGUGAACUCAGAAUUGAUCAUGUGAAACUGUCAGACAUUGGGAGAUACCAUUGCAUGGCAACAGUGGGGCGGAAGGACUUGAUGUCUCAGGAAGGGGUCAUUCAGCUAGAAGGAAUCCCUCAUUUCUCAGUGGAGCCUCAUGACGUGACAGUAGUGGCUAAUGUUAGCCUCAGCCUGCAGUGUAUGGCCCAUGGGCCUCCAGAACCUGUCAGGAUCAUCUGGCUGCAGAAUGGAGUACCACUCAACACGCUCCAGGACCCGGUAUCCCACUCUCCCUCCACUCUCAACAUCACAGGCCUCAACCAUACAAGCAGCUUCUCCUGUGAAGCCCACAACAGUAAAGGUGUGGCUACCUCAGCCUCCGGAACAGUGACAGUGGUUCCCUCCCAGGCAUAUGAAGUCCAGGCUGUAGAGGUUACCAUCUCAUCCCUGCUGAUCUCCUGGGAGCCUGGCUUUGGAGGGGUGUAUCCUGUCUCUGUGUGCUCUAUACAGGCAGCUCCAUCUGGUCCUGACCGCACUGCAUUGCUAAAUCACCUGAUCCAUAAUCAGAAUGUAAAUGUACCACCUGCCCGACACCUGAUCCCAGACCUGGAGCCCUACUCCUCCUAUGACGUGAGGGUGGCUUGCCAUAGCAGUCAAGGUGCUUCCCCCUGGACACCAUGGGUAACACUGCGGACAUCUGAAGGAGUACCAGAGGCAGCACCAGACAAUGUGAGUGGACUGUUUAAUGGAACAGAGGUUAUUGUCAGCUGGACCAAGCCACCAGGCAGACUGAAUGGCCAGAUACUAGGGUACAGAGUGGAGUACAGAACCCCUAACAAGUCCAAGGUAACCCAUGUUACAGUUGUCAAAGCUGUUAUGGAGUCAGUUCAGUCCUCUGAGCUAGCUAUCCCGCUCUCCAGCCUCCUGGACAGUGUGUCCCUGAGUGUGAGUGCCUGUACUGUGGCAGGGUGUGGCCCCUGGAGCCCUGUAGCAUAUUCUAGUGUUCGUGUAAUAGCUGACAUACCUCUCUUUCCUGCCUUUUUAGAUUUCUCCCCACAUCAGGCAUUUUCCUGGCAUUGGUGGUAUGUGAUCAUGGGGAUUGCUGUCAGUCUGGCCUUGAUAGGGUUCAUCGUGGUAUAUGCAAUCAUACUGCGUCAAAGAGAGACAUGCUUUGGGAAAACAUUUUACCCUAUGAGAAACGGUGGUGGGGACUUCGUAGUAAGAUACAGCGCCCGACGCACCUACAAUCACCAGUCGAAUGAAGCCACAUUGAACAGCCUGGUGAUCAGUGACGAACUGAAGCAGAAGUUGCAGGAUGUGAUGGUGGACCGACACAAGCUGACCCUGGGCAAGACCCUCGGAGAGGGGGAGUUUGGCUCCGUUGUGGAAGGGCUUCUGGUGCAUGAAGAGACUGUCCUCAAAGUGGCUGUGAAGACCAUGAAGAUUUCCAUCUGUACUCGCACCGAGAUGGAGGACUUCCUCAGGGAGGCUGCUUGUAUGAAGGAGUUUGACCACCCCAACGUCAUGAGACUCCUCGGAGUGUGUCUGCAGACGGUAGAGAGGGGAGGCUACCCAUCCCCUGUCGUCAUCCUGCCUUGUAUGAAACAUGGGGACCUGCACAGUUUCCUGCUCUACUCUCGACUUGGGGACAGUCCUCUGUCCCUGCCUUCUCAGAUGUUGGUGAAGUUCAUGACAGACAUCGCACGGGGAAUGGAAUACCUGAGCAACAAGAGGUUCAUCCAUAGAGACCUGGCAGCGCGAAACUGCAUGCUGAACGAGAAUAUGACUGUGUGUGUGGCUGAUUUUGGCCUAUCUAAGAAGAUCUAUAACGGGGACUACUAUAGACAAGGACGCAUUUCAAAGAUGCCAGUAAAAUGGAUCGCCAUCGAGAGCCUGGCAGACCGAGUGUACACCACCAAGAGUGAUGUGUGGUCGUUUGGCGUGACUAUGUGGGAGAUAGCCACUCGGGGGCAGACGCCCUACCCUGGAGUGGAAAACAGUGAGAUCUACGACUACCUUAGACAGGGUAACCGCCUCAAACAGCCCCCUAGCUGCCUGGACACCAUCUACUCCCUGAUGUUCUCCUGCUGGCUACUGAGUCCUAAGGACCGCCCGGGGUUCCCCUCUCUGCGCUGUGACCUGGAGAAAGCCCUGGAGGAGAUGCCCGAGCAGGAGGAGGCCGAUGACCUGCUCUACGUCAACAUGGAGGAGCCCUUGGGCUCCCUGUCGGGGGCCGUGGGGGGCUGGGAGCCUUUUGGACUGCCUCACCCGUCCUACCAGAAGAACAUGGACCCUCUGGAAACCGUCCAGGUGCAUCAUCAUCAUGCUGAUCGCUAUGUACUCUGCCCUCAGCGCGAGGCCCAGCCCUAUCUCAAUGACUCUAUUGACAGCCUGAGCUGGAUGGCCUCCUCGUCGAGCCCCACCCUGCAGCUCCAGGCCUCCUGCUCCUCCUCCCCCACCUCCUCUCUCCUGCUGGACGGGCAGGACAACAGGGAAGGAGAAGGAUGGGACCGGAGGGUCUUCAGGAAGUGA